AUGCAACAUUUCUAAUCAAUUCCUGAUAUCAAGCCAUUAUUAUUUCAAUUUUUUAUCAAUAAAAAAAAACAUAUUUAACUGGAAUUUUAUCAAUUAAAGAUAAAUAUGCAAAUUUAGAGUCGUGCCAAUUAGUAGAAUCUCUAAAGUAUCCAAAGCCAUUUGCACCACUCAGAGCGGACGAAUGCCAUCCUCAUUUCCAUGGGAUUAUAUGAAGGUCUGGAUCUAAGCUCGCAGUCAGUUCAUCAAGUAAUUUGCAGAGCUAGUCGAGCAAGAGCAAUUGGUUAAUCAUACCUCUCAUGCCAAGAGUGGAUGUGCAUCCGCCUGACAGUUUUCUAGUAAACUUAAUAGAAUCAAUAUAUAUAGGUCUGUUGACUGGACUCCAGUGCUCCUAGUUUUAGGUUUAACUUUAAUAGAAUGGAAAACGAUUCUAGUUUUUUGGCUAAACCAAAUACUUAAUUAGUCAUGA